CUCAACUAUAUAUAAAUUAACAUUAUACCCUAUUCAUAUCAUAGUAAUUAGGAGAGAAUGGCAAAGAAUAAUCUCAAUGUUUUGAUUUUGAAUUGGCUAGUUUUUGUUGCAUUGCUCAUUACAUUGUUUGGUGGUGCCAAAGCUACAGAAAUAUGUAACAUUGACAUAAGUAAGCUAAACUUAUGCAAAGCAGCAAUUACUGGGAAAAACCCUCCAAAACCAACUGCAAGAUGUUGUGCAGUAAUUAAAAAGGGUCAAUUGUCUUGCUUUUGCAGAUACAAGUCUCUUCUACCUGCACUUGGAAUCAACCCUACAAAAGCAUUGGCCUUGAUAAAAAAAUGUGGUCUAAAACCACCAUCUGGAUGUAGAGAGAAUUGAAGCAAUUACUGAGAAAUGAAUCACUUGUCUUAGGUUACCCCUUCAAAUAAAUUAGUUACUUUUCAAUUUGAGUAUCUUUUACAUAUAUGUAUGCAAGAUGAAUGAUGUAUCAGUUUCCUACCUAUUAAAU